ACCGCCGCCAUCUUGUGCGCGUACCUAGGCGAGCGGCCCCUCGGCGCGCCAGCGGCCCUCCAGCGUCCUUCUCUCGCAGCCACCUUCGGGCAGCCAGCGGUGAGGGAGAAGCGGGAGACCCGGCUGCGACGACGAGGCCGCCCGCUCCGCUCCUCCUUCCCUCCCUCCCUCCCGCGGGAUUUGUGGUGCUGCGCUGGGGGAGGAUAAAUGGUGCCCAAGGCAGACAGCGGCACCUUCCUCCUCCUCUUCCUCCUAGUGCUCAGCAUCACCGAGCCGUUGCGGCCAGAGCUGCGCUGCGUACCAGGGCAAUUUGCUUGCCGCAGUGGUUCGAUCCAGUGCAUCCCCCUGAACUGGCAGUGCGAUGGAUGGCCCACCUGUGAGGAUGAGAGUGAUGAAGUUGACUGUCCGAAUUUCACUGGAGACCAGCGAAAUUAUCACGGAAAGGAGAGUGUGGACUCCAGGCAUAAUCGCAGAAGAGGAGGGGACACAACCCGCUUUCACACAGUCAAUAUGGCACAGCCAGUUCGGUUUAGCAGCUUCCUAGGGAAAUGCCCGUCAGGAUGGCAUCAUUAUGACGGCACCGCCAGUUGCUACCGAGUAUAUUUGAAUGGGGAGAACUACUGGGACGCUGUGCAGACGUGCCAGAGGGUGAAUGGCUCGCUGGCCACCUUCAGCACUGACCUGGAGCUCAAGUUCAUCUUGCAGCAGGAGUGGGACUCGGAAGAGAAGGCCUUUGGGCGGAAGGACCAGCGGAGGUUAUGGGUUGGAUAUCAGUUUGUCAUCACGAACCGAAACCAUUCUCUGGAAGGUCACUGGGAAGUCGCCUAUAAAGGUUCAUCAGAAGUAUUCCUGCCACCUAAGCCUACAUUCAGCACGUCCGUGUCUGAAAAUGAAAACAUCCUGUGUGCCCAGUUUCAGUGUUCACAUUUCCCGACCCUUCGGCACCGUGGUUUUCACAGCUGGUAUGCUGAAAACUGCUACGAAAAAUCAUCAUUCCUUUGCAAAAGAAGCCAAACCUGUGUGGAUAUCAAAGACAACAUUGUGGACGAAGGCUACUAUUUCACCCCCAAAGGAGAAGAUCCCUGUUUAAGCUGCACGUGUCACAAAGGAGAGCCGGAGAUGUGUGUGGCGGCCCUGUGUGAAGGGCCCCAGGGCUGUCAGCAGUAUCGCAGAGACCCCAAAGAGUGCUGCAAAUUUACAUGCUUGGAUCCAGAUGGCAACAGCCUCUUUGACUCCAUGGCGAGUGGCAUGCGUCUCAUCGUGAGCUGCAUCUCCUCCUUCCUGAUACUAUCCCUGCUGCUGUUCAUGGUCCAUCGGCUGCGACAGAGGCGUCGGGAGCGCAUCGAGUCCUUGAUUGGGGCAAACCUGCACCAUUUCAACUUAGGCCGCAGGAUGCCUGGUUUUGAUUAUGGCCCGGAUGGUUUCGGAACUGGCCUCACUCCGCUGCAUCUUUCUGACGAUGGGGAAGGCGGGGCGUUCCAUUUCCACGAUCCUCCUCCGCCCUACACGGCUUACAAAUACCCGGAUAUUCAGCAUCCAGAUGACCCUCCUCCCCCUUACGAGGCUUCCAUCAACCCGGAUGGCAUCCUUUGUUCUCCCCCAGGUGGAGUUCAUUCCCAGACAGGACUGAACAGCCAGCCGUCGCUAGGAAACAGCGACGUAUCACCACAACUCACAGAAGAGUCGCUUCCUCCUUCUCUCGGCCCUUCCCCAGUCGAACUGGAAGACUCUGCCGACAGUAGCACCCUCCUUGUACCGCCUGACACGCCCUUAAGCGAAAGCGCACCGGCAGAGACUCUUGCAGGAAGCCGGCACAGUCACUGUUCCCUGAAUACCGUUGUAUAAAGGAAAAUAAAAAGCUUCCUGCCGGUCAGAAAUAAAUUUGAGCAACUGUUUGCACACCAGAGAUACAGAUGGACGAUCAUCGGUGGACCGAACUUCAGAAAUAAGCUCCACUUCUUUGUUUCCUUUUUGAACACUAUUCUUCUGUUCUAGUUUAGAAUCGUGCCUCUUGGCUCUUGCUGUCAUUCUCCAUACUGGUUGGGUUGCCCUCUUAAAAAAAUGGAUCGUAGAAGCUGCACUCCCCCCCCCCCCCCACUGGCUAUGGGGAAAAAAGUAAAGGAUUUUUUUUUAAAAAACUUUAUUUUUAAAGAGGAAAGGAAAAAGCGUAGAAUGCUUUUGUUGUCCCUCUCCCUUCUCCUUUUACAUUACAGAAAGGAAACCAUGAAGAAUUGUCACGUAGAGAGACUUAAAAGAACCCAGAACUUCAGGACUGCAGUAUCUGGGAAGCAGGUGUUGAAGAAGAAUGUUGCGAGUAGCCAGCUGUUACGGAAUCUCUGACUGUCUCCUUGUUCUUAUGCUCAGUCCUCAAGCAGAGAAGGCUGGAGUCUGGUGCUGCCAGGUUGUCUUUUUUUUCUUUUUCUUUUUGGAAUAAAAUAAUGAUCCCUGGCAGAUUGAAGCACGAGCCGAAGACAGGCUCUGAGACACAGUUUGAUCAUCAUGUAGCUUCCACCACUGUUUUGAAAGAGGGUACCCCAUGAGGGUAAAAGAGUAUGAAUACUUGGGUAGGGUUUUUGGGGGGUGGUGUGCAAAGUACAGAGAGCCUGGUGUGGAUUUGGCAAGUAACAACCUGUUUUGCUUUCCUGUAACCCUGCAAGUCUUGUACUGUGGCUGGUAAACGUGGUGUCCUGCAAACAAAUGCAGGCCUCUAACAGACUCUGUGCAUUUUUAGGUACACGAGCGUUUGGGUGGGGGGUGGGGGGAGAUGGCGGUGUGGGAAUAACCCCAUAGCUGUUUAAACAAUAUCACUCAGUUUGAGCAGUCAGUCCAGGUCCUUCUCUUCCCCUCCCUCAUCCUUCACAAUUCUGGUUUUCAUUUUAAAUUGUUUGUUUUCCUCACUUAGGGCCAAACUUUACGUUUUUGGGCAAGUUGGGUUGGGGUUUCCCAGACCCAGGGCUUUUUUUCAGCUGGAACGCGGUGGAAUGGAGUUCUGGAACCUCUUGAAAAUGGUCACAUGGCUGGUGGCCCCGCCCCCUGAUCUCCAGACAGAGGGGAGUUUAGAUUGCUCUCCACACCGCUCCGCGGAGGGCAAUCUGUCUGGAGAUCAGGGGGCAGGGCCACCAGCCAUGUGACCAUUUUCUCCGAGGGCAACCCACUGAGUUCCACCACCUCUUUUCCCAGGAAAAAGCUCUGUCCAGACCCAACUUGCUUUUUCUGCUGUCACGCAGUAGCUGUGGGGAAAGGCAUUUCUAAGGUUCCUAAGAGCUCAGUUCUGCUUGGAACUUCAGUGUGGGGGGAGGAAGGCAGGGCCUCUGCUCACCCCCAUGCCGCAGUUCCAAGCAGAAUCCGGACUCCUGGGAACCUUAAAAAUGCUUUUCCCUGCAGCUGCUGCGUGACAGCAGAGAAAGUGAGUCAAGUACAGGAGACUCCAUCCCAGCUUACCAAAAAACGUAAUAUGUAGUUUGGCCCUACACAGUGAGGUUCAUCCAAGCCUUAAACUAUCAUCUUAAAAUUGGACGGCAAAGAAUAUGAUCUCACGUGUUAACAUGGCAGUGAACAUUGCGGCUAAUGACCUUUGCUCAUUGGUUGCAGCCGGGAAAUUGGAAUCAAAGGUUUGCCUGUUUCUGCCUUCAUCGGCUUGGGUACCUGGUCUUUUGCAGAGCUGUCUCCAAAUCCGAGAACUUAACCUGGUUUGACAGGAGGAGGUUGUGUGGAAUGUGUGUUCCUGUUGCCUUAUGAAGGGCAGUAAGCCUGGAGGGAUCAGGACGAAGUGUUAACAGGACACGAGCACUCCUCGAGACAAGUUGCACUUGCCAUCCAGCCUAGCUGGCUCUGAACCUGACUUGCCAGGAUGCCAUCCUGCUUUGGCCCUCCCCGUUGUGUAAACACUCCUUCAGAUUUGCUGUCCUUCUGUGUAUUAUAUUGAGGGCGGGUGGCUCUUGGUCCGAUUCCUCUGUGGGGGCUUGUGAUGUUGUACGCCACACAAGCUGGGAGAACACAGCUCCUUGGCGGAGCGCAUGCUGAGGGCUCCGGGUUCAGUCUGUAGUGAAAAGUAUCUCUAGUUGCCCAGCUGGGAAAAGAACCUAGAAGACUACUGCCAUAGUAGGUGGUGCUGGGCUGGAUGGUUCCAGAUUCUGCUUAGGUUUAAGGCAGCUUCAUAUGUUAAUGUAUCAUUUGAUGGUUGCCCGUGAACAAUCGUAAACCCAUUGGAGACAAUUGGCAGUGCAGCAAUCAUGCUAAUGUUUAAGCACAUUAGGGAAUCACUGCUAGGAAAUCCCAUUCAUGAGGUUGGUAUAGACUUGGCCAUAGGCUAAAGUUGGCUAGAAUCACUCUGUGGCUUUCCCCCCGCAGCUCAGCUGACUCUGCAGAAGUUGCCCCCCUGGAAGUAACAGUGGAACUUUGUCUUACAAAAAGAUCCCACAUUCAGUGAGCAGACUUCAGGACUAGAAGUCAUGGGUGCUGUUUUGCAUGGUGGCCCAGCAAGCUGGAUGUGAUGCCUUCACGAGACAAAGGCCCUUGUUAAAUCUGUUUGGGGUGGUUGUAGAAAUUGCUGCACGAAUGGAGAAUGUCAGUCCUGUGGAUCCCCACCCCGGCUGCCUUGAACGCGCGGUACAAAGUGAGGGGAGCAGUUCUUCGCCCAGAGGACUUACAACAGCUUUGGGUUUGUGAACUGUCAAGUGCUGAGUUGUUGGGUGGCUGGGCAGCUGCGAGUGGAGUCCUGUGUUCAGCGUCUGGUGAUUUCCUGAGCGUUUCUGAAGUAUGAAAAUAAAAGCGGGUUUUGUGCGUUUUUAGCACACUCAUAAGUUUUAUACAUUGUAGGUACUGACUUUUUUCUUUAGUUUUAUAUGUGUGCGUGUGUGUGUGAGAGAGAGAAAGAGAGUGAGAGAGAGAGAGAGAGUGAGAGAGAGUGAGUGUGUAUGCGUGUGUUCCAGAUGGAGAAUAUACCUACAUAUACUGCAGUUUGUGAGCUCGUGCAAAGUGCCGCAGCAAAUGCCGAGGUAGGAGCCGUGGUGUUUGGAUUCACUGUACAGUAGAACCAGGGCGUGGCCAGUGCACCACUGGGCAAAAUGGAAAUCCCACGGUGCUAUAUUAGGCUUAAAUUUCAAACCUCUUACGCACUGGGCUUUAUUUCCUUUUUUCCCUCCAGAGUUUGAACGUUUACUUUCUCUAUUUUCCCUGAGAGUAGUAUUGAGGAACCUCAUCUGGAGGCUUGUGUUAGCAAUCCAACUGAGCAUCACAACUGAUACUGUCAUACACAGCUGAAUCGUGCGUAUUUCAGUGUGGUUGUGGAUUGCUUGUGCAGCUUAUCUGGGGAGGAAAGGGGAAAGUCGUGUGGCUGCUUACUUCUGGAUAGCAUGGCCACCCCUGGGAAGGAAGCAGCCUCUUGAAAUCUUUCCAGGUGGCUUGGUUUAGUUUUGCUGUUCUCUUUUCACUUGAAGGUCCUGGAGCUUUCCAGGUUGUGUCCAAUGACCUCCUUCCACCACCCCUGCUUUGGUCAGAGGGAGGCCAUUAGCUCCAACUGGUUCCCUUCUGUUGGUGACGCUCAUUCAGCAGUAAAGAUUCUGUGUGACCUUUUGUCGCGAGCAGCUGAUUUGGGCUCACUCUGUAGCAAGUGCAUUUGCACAUUAAAAGUCUCUUGGGUUUGGUCUUUGUAGCUGCGGUUUCAGCAAGUUUGCAGACUUGAUCUAAGAGUUCAGGACCAAUUCGAGUAAGGUGACAACAUUGGAGUGCAGUUGACUCUGUCUCAGAAGGACUAAACGGAAGAGCGCUUGCGACAUUUCUGUUGUGAACAAUGAUGGAGCAGGGGCAUUAUACUUUGGAGGGAGGGACCUAUUUUACCUCUUUUUUUUAUGAUAGCCCCUUGAUUCAAGGAAGUGACAAUAGAUUACACAUUACUGCUAUCACGCAGAGCUCUAUGUGAUGACUGUCACAUUAAACUUUGCAAAUUAAACCCCCAACAACAAAGAUGUACUAGGAAGGAAGUUUUUACUGGCUGUGAGGAUAAGAUGGUGGGGAUUAUUGUUUGUUUCUAGAAGCAAAAAUGAUUAAAAAGUAGGUGUGAAAAUAUUCAAGGAACGCAGAAUUCCAUAUAGGGAUGUUGUACUAACUUUGAGUCUGCAGACUGUGCUUUGGGUGCCAUCCUGCCAGAGUUAAAUGCUUGUAUCUCUCAUUCAUUUGAAUGGGAAAGAAUAUACCUGCAUCUUUGCCCAUUGGAUUAAAUGGAACUUUGUUUGGAUCAUGGCUCUUUCUCCUUUUAUUCAGUGCUGUGCCCCCCCUUUCCCUUUCAAAGCAACUUAAAAUAUGUGUUUUCCUGUUACCAAAAUUUGAUGCUCUGUCUUGAAUGGAAAAAUUGAGUGACUUUUCAUAUUGGGGCUGCAGUGUUCAAUCAGUUAAUUGGCGAAAUUAUCCAGUUAAGAAUAUGAAUACAUUUUAAACUUGAACAUUUUUUGAAUGAAAAAUGCCUCCCUAACCAAGCAACAGAUUUUAAAAGUCUUAAGUCUUUACAAAACCUGCAGAUAACCAAUUACAUCUUGGAGGAGGCAUUCCUUUUUGUGUGAUAGAAAAGUGGGAAUACUUCUUUGAAGACAGGUGCCCCAUCUGAAAACAAAGCAUGCCUUUUUUUUUUUUAAGAGUUGACUUGUUUUUCUUGCACAACUUUGUGCAGGCUUAGUUAUGCAACAGGAUCUUUCAUCACUUUUAAAAAACCAGGUGACAGCUCUAGUUAUCGACAAGUGAGCAGUGUUAAUUGCCUAUGUGACAUGGGAACACAUCCCAGAUCUUUUUCAUUGAAGAACUUGGCUGCAGUCCUAUGCAUUCCCCUCUUACGGGUACAGAUGAAGCCAGCCAGCUUGCCAGAGGUAUGCACCAAAGAUCAGGAGUGAAAGGGUGCUUGGCUUUUGGCUCUUAGCCUCUAGCUUGUCCCUGGUGGGUCUUGGCGCUUCCAGGAGCACCGACGCAUGACGCCAAGCACUAUAAUAGUCAAAAGCAGAACUUGAGGCCCAGAAGACUGGGAAUGGACAACAGACACUUUAGAAGGAGGCUUCCAUUUGAUACCCAUUGACAAGUCCUCCUGGGCAGACUGUAUUUCCCUGUGCCCCACCAGUAGUAGCAGGCUGCUGCUGGUGGGAUUUUAUAGCAUGUACCUGGGCAUAUGUAUGUAAGGGUGAGGUAGGUGAGGAGUUGCUAGUGAGGGUACUGGUAUGAGGAGAACAGGCUGGUGAAGGGGAGAAAAGGGUUGUCAAGCGGUGACCGUCUUUCCAGUCCCUCUCUUAUAAAGCAUUCCUCAUCCUUGAUUUAAUACGAAGUGAGGAGGCUGGCCAGGUACAUAUAACAGAAAUCUCGGCCUGAUCCUUACCUGCACAGGUGAAGUGUGUGACAACCAGAGGCAGGGCUUUUUUGGUGGUGGCACCUUUCCUUUGGAAUGCCCUCCCCCUUGAGGCUUGCCUGGCUUCUACUUUAUUCCCCUUUAGGUGCCAGGCCAAAACCUUUCUCAUUACCCAGGCUUUUAACUGAAGAUUUCCAAUUUUUAAAAGCUGUUUUAGGGUCUGCUCCUAGCCUGAGGACUAUCAACUUUGUUUUAGAUCACUCUAUUCAUGUGCUUUUAUGCAGUGGCUUGCUUUUACUGGCUAUUUUUAUUGGCAUGCUUUUGUUGAUUUUAUUGGCUUUGUUUUUGUCUUGUUAAUAUUUGAAGUUUCUAUUGUUGUUUGCUUAGAUCUCAUACUGUUUUAUUAUUCUGUUUUAUUUCACAAAAUGCAUAACCUGCCUUUCUGCCUUCAUAAGGACUGGGAAGGCAACAUACACAUUUUCUAAAGAAGAAAAAAACCAGCGAUGAGCCUGAACAUUUCUGAGAAUUCCCUGCUGAACAGUCUCUGGGCGUGACCAAAGGAGAGAGUCAAAAUUCCAUUGUUCCUUUGACACAGAUUUUUGCCCUGAGCUUCAGUUUAUUAGAGUACCUUUUGGGACACAGCUCUCUCGUAUGCUGACUGCCUCAGGGACAGUCUUAUUUGGCAUGGAGACCAGUCUCCCAUUAUAGUCUGGGACAGUGUUCCCUACUGCCUGUACUUGGCUGUAUGGUCCAUUAAUAAUAGCAUUCUUCUUUUCAAUGAGGUGCACCUCCACUGAGGAUCUCUGCAUGAAUACAUCCCUUCCCAGUUUGGAAACUGGGGGAGGGGGCAGCCAACAGGCACCGCUGCACCACACAUUCUCUGUUCAUUUCAAUGUGGUUGGUUGUGGGGUGGGUUUCUCCACUCUGCUUGUUAGACUUUUCCCUGCCUUGAUCGGUAAACAUCGGUUGGUGAGAGAGAUGGCAGCCAUGUUCCAAACUGGGUUCUACGACCAGUUCAUUUUUUCAGCUGGAUUUUGUCUAGCAAGCAAGGGCUAAGUGAAAAACAGAGGGCUGAAUGUUUUCAGUGCAAAAUAGGAGCUCCUGCUGGGGGAGAUCACAACCUCCACCCCCACAUGCACAUUUCUCCUUUUUUUCUGCCGGUGUUUCUAAAUGCCAUUUCUUCCCAUUUUCAUCCUAGACGCCAGAGUGCGAGCAGAAAGGUAUUGCCUUCACCCUGUUUUCACUUCAUACACCACACAGCCAAGUUUCCUUGGCUAUAGGUGGCGGUAUGAAUAUAAAAUGGAGAGAAGGCAUUGUGUUUCCUUUUCCCACUCUCGUAUUGUUAGAGAAGCUUGUGGAACAAAAUGCCACCUGGCAUCAGUGGCAAAUGUGAGCACUUGGCCCCCUGCUUUGAAGUCCCAUUAAAAAACCCACCCAGAAUCUCCCUUCUCCCAGUUUUUGUGCUGGGCUAAGGUGCCCCCUUGUCCUUGCGAGCAUGAAGAGCUGGUUCUCAUUUCUUUGGGCCACUUCUUUCAGGUAUGGGUAAUGGCGGAUCUUUUGUGACCACACUUGAGUCCUGUACACUGAAUGCUAGACUUCUGUAUGCCUGGGAGGCAUGUUCUGUGUGUGUGUGUGCGUGGUGCGUGUAUGCAUGAACAAAUGAAUGAGGGCCUGCUUUUUCCCUUUCGGAAAUCCUGUACAGCCACGGCUGGGAUUGCAGACUCCUUGUGCGUCAUUGAUUUGGGACUGGAUAUAAUUGUGGCAGUGUGUGUAUAAAAAGAUUUUGAUAUUCCAUGAAAUACUAUGUAGAAAUGAAAUUUGAUACUGUAAUAAUUUGGUCUCUGUGACAUUUUAUGUUUCAAUGUUUUAAAUCUUUUUGGGUGGAGUUAGGAGACUUGAGGAGGAGGAGGAGGGUGGGAUGGGAUUGGGUUGACACUAAUCUUUUAUUUUUCUCAAGAUGCUGUGAGAAACAUUUCAUCCAAAUGCCAAAUAAAUUGUUUUCUGUAAA